ACGCAGAACCCUUUCUAAGGUCCAGAAGAGUCUUCACUCUUAGCCCACCUGCUAUAUUUGACUCUGCUGGCUCAGAAGGCAAUGAAAAUGAAAAGCAUUUACUUCGUGGCUGGAUUGUUCAUAAUGCUGGUACAAGGCAGUUGGCAAAACUCCCUUCAAGACACAGAAGAAAAACCCAGACCAUACACAGAUUCCCAGACAGAACCAUUGGAUGAUAAUCUGAUGAAUGAGGACAAGCGUCAUUCACAGGGCACAUUCACUAGUGACUACAGCAAGUAUCUGGACUCCAGGCGAGCUCAAGAUUUCGUGCAGUGGUUGAUGAGCACCAAACGGAACGGGAACAAAGUUGCCAAACGCCAUGAUGAAUUUGAGAGACAUGCCGAAGGAACCUUUACCAGUGAUGUCAGCUCUUAUUUGGAAGGUCAGGCUGCCAAGGAAUUCAUUGCUUGGUUAGUGAAAGGUCGAGGACGGAGAGCUUUUCCAGAAGAAGUCACUAUAGUAGAAGAGCUUGGCAGAAGACAUGCUGAUGGUUCUUUCUCUGAUGAGAUGAAUACAGUUCUGGAUACUCUUGCUACCCGAGAUUUCAUCAAUUGGCUGCUUCAGAACAAAGUUACUGACAGGAAAUAAGUGUAUAAUUACUCAAGAUCAUCUCCACCACAUCACCUGCUGGCCUCUUGGGAUGUUUAAAAAUUUCUGUUCUGUAAACUAACAGAGUAUAUCCUAAAGCCAUAUUGCUUUGCAUGCCAAGAAAUGAAUUUCAUUCCAGUGUUGUGUAGCCAAAGGAUUGUUUUUUUGGAAUAAACUAUUGUCAAAGGACUCUUUAAAUAACAGCUCUAAAAUACAAAAGUGCCAGAUCCUCAUAUUUUCCACUUAUUUUGGGCAAAAGAAUAUCCCAACCUGUUUACAUUUAGUGAUGGAAAUAGUUUUUCUAUAAAAUCAGCUUGUACAUAUAAGUAAUUCCAAUCAAAAAAUGCCUGCAUUAGUAAUCAGAGACGAAGAAAGGAACUGGUAACCACAAUAGGAAAUAUGAAAAUAGGAAUUUCCACUUGAAACCUUUGUCAUAAAAAUGCUCAGCUUUCAAAGAUAACAAACAGCAGCAGCCUUAAAUAAAAAUUUUCAAGCUUCUUUACUAUGGUCGAUUUCUCUAUACACACAUAAAUUAGCCCCUAAUUCCUUCUACCUUUUUCCAUUGGUUCCAUGUACCUAGUAAUACCCUUGACACUAUGUCAAUGCCAAAGUAAGGCAAGUUAUCACCUCACGAUGUCACUGGUCUUUUGUGAAAAUGAAGGACAAAUA